AUGGGUCGAAAACUGAGAAUCGUCCAUGCAGCCAUGAUUCCAUCGGCCACUAGUGUUCAUAAGUCGUUAGCUCCGAAGUGCACCUUCGCCAGUGGAUCCCGUGUCUACGCACGCGAUUACCAUGCUGAUCACCCCCAGUGGGCGCAAGACACAAUACACAAGCGUUGCGGUAGCAGGCUGUAUGAUGUGAAGGUCGGAAGCGAGACGUGGGUCCGACAUCAAAAUCAACUCGGGCCCAGACAUGAACAAAGUCUCAAGCGCACCGCAACUUCGAUCUCAAUUCCACUGGACAUUCUGACCGACACGUUCACUCUUCCAGUACACAAGCUAGCCGAACCACUGGAACCCAACCUGAGAGCAAGACGCUUCACCAACAGAGUUCGACGCUCUGUACGACCCUUCCAAGUGGACCCAGAGGCCAAACGCUACCAAUGA